AUGGCUAUGAUCAAUGAUUGUGAUCACAAUUUACUUGUAUGGAUCGAUUUGGAAAUGAGUGGACUUGAUUUAAAUAUACAUACGAUUGUCGAAAUAGCGAUUGCUAUAACUGAUUUUCAUCUUAAAAAUUAUAUUGAAGGGCCAGAUAUUGUUAUACAUCAUGAUCAGGAUGUACUUGAUAAAAUGAAUGACUGGUCAAGAACGCAGCAUACAAAAUCAGGAUUAAUAGAAUUAAUUCGACAUAGUCAAAUAUCAUUAUAUGAUGCUGAAACGCAAGUUAUUGAUUUUCUUAAACGUCAUUGUCCACCUGGUACUGGGAUUUUAGCUGGAAAUUCAGUUUUUGUUGAUCGAUGGUUUAUUGAAAAAUAUAUGCCACGUCUCCAUACAGUCCUUCAUCCAAGUAUCGUUGAUUGUAGUACUUUAAAAGAAUUGACACUACGUUGGCAACCUGUACGAUAUACUCAACGACCACACAAACAAAUGAUGCAUCGAGCACGUGAUGAUAUACGAGAAUCAAUUAAUGAGCUAAAUCAUUAUCGACAACAUAAUUUUUAUCUUACUUGGCAUACUAUUCGUCAUCCACCUUAUCUUCCUGCGCCUGCUCUUUCAAAUCCUCGUACUCAUUUAGUUUGGUUAAAAACUGAUUCUGAUCAAGUUAAUCAUGUAUAUGUAAUUAUAACCGAUGGAAAUCUUAAUAUUUUAAAUGAUAUUUAUCUUGAUAUGAACGAAAAGUGCAAUCAAUAUUCUUUAUUAGUUGGUUUUUUACAUAGAAAUAUUUUAGUUAAUCGAAGUUCUCCUAUUUGUGGCCAAUGCGUUCAUAUUGAUCGCGCAAGAAUAGAACGUAUUGUACCUGAAUUACUUUCAUGUUGUCAUUAUAGAAGUAUUGAUGUCGAUGUUUUAAAUGUUCUUUGUCGCAGAUGGGCUCGACAAGUAUACGAAAGCCGACCAAUAAUAUGUGCUAAUUCGAAUGAUCUCGUAACAGAGUUGCAAGGAUCUAUUCAACUGUUACAGUACUAUCGUGCUAAUGUAUUCAAAUUUGACCUUUUUGUUCAAGAAAAACAGUCAUAA